AUGACCAACGUACCAUACCAGAACACCAGAUCAAAAGUCAACCUUCAAACUUUAUCUAAAAGUGAUCUCCAAUCACAUUCACCUCCAUAUAAAGUAAAAAUACCAAAAUCAGCAGCGGGUAAAGACUCUCGACGGCAAUCAAGAAUCUUCUCACCACUCGAACUAAGACAAUCAUCCUCUCUGAGUGAUACUCAGCUAAUUUUCUUCGACUUAUCCGAAGAAGAAGAAGGUGAACCGGAUAUAAUGGACGCACAGCAACAACAGUUUGAACAGGAUAAUCGUGAAGAGUUGGAGGAAUUAAAUAAAGUAUUCCAAGAAACAAAAAGAAUUGAACAGGAAUUCUUAAAUAAAAUAGCUUGUCUACAAAGUGUGAAAGAAUCAGCAGCACAGAUUGAUCAGUGGUUCAACUCAGUUGAAAUUAUUUUUCGAAAACUCAAUUAUCCCGAAUAUUGUUGGGCAGAAGAAGCAAUAAAACAUUUAAACGAUGAAAAUGUCAAAUUGUGGUUUGAGAAAGAGAAAGAUCUAAUUAAUCAGCAGUGGGAUAAAUUUAAACAACAAUUGCUUAAAUACGUUCAAGGCACUGAAGAACUGAUAGUAGCGCCACUAACAAAUACAGCUGAACAAGAGGAGAGAGAAUAUGAUACAUUUAUUCGUAAGAACUUCCAAAAAUUUUCGGGAAAAGAGGGAGAAGAUGCCACGACAUGGCUCACAGUUCUAGUGGAACGAUUCGAUAAAUUGAAAAUUCUCGAAUCACAAUGGAUUUCCUAUGUCCCAUCAGUGUUGUCUUCAAAAGCGCGUGUUUGGUAUGGAAAGCAUAAAUCAAGCUUCACAGAGUUUGAUGAUUUCAGUUCAACACUUUCUACCGAUUUUGAUUUAAAGCGAGAUGGACCGCGUUCUUUUCGGCCGUCCGCACCAAGCUCCACAAUUUCAACUGAACGUCCACCCGCCACAGACCCCGUACAUUUCAGCUUGUUAAAGACAUUUAACGAACAGGUAGUCAAAAAGUUGAAAACGUUCAGUGGUCGCAAUCAGAAUGUGGUAACUUGGUUAGAUGAAUUGGAAAUACAAUUUAGCGCUCAUGGUUGGGACGAGGAGGUCAGACUGAAAUGUGUUUCGACCGUCCUGCAGGAUCAUGCACUCAAAUGGUAUACCCGAGCUGCUACUACUAUAAACUUAUGGAAAGAUUUCGUCACACAAAUUAAAGAUGAAUUUAGUUCAAAAUUUAGUCAACAAAUAGCAUUUGAACGAAUGAUAAAUUAUCAACAAGGAAUUAAACAGCCUGUUUACGAUUUCUAUUGGGGAAUGCUAGAUAUUAGUCGUGAAAUUGAUCCACAACCAACAGCUCAUAAUAUUUUGCAACACCUGAUUUCAAAUGUAAAGCCUUCUCUGAAAGUAAAGAUUAUGGA